GCUCAUUGCUUGAGUUGAGUCGCAACUUGCGACGUGCGUGUGCGCGAAGGCAGGCGAGGUUGCGAAAAUCAGUGCCGCGGCUUUUUCCAGUCCUGACCUGAUCACAAACAUCGUUACUUACACUCGCAGCCAGCAUGGUAUACUCAGCCAUUCACCAGCAGCGGCUGCCUAGCCUCCGUUUGGUCGGUGUGGGCUGUAGCAGCAGCAGCCGGCAGCCCCACCCUUGCCCGCUCUCGAGUGCUCGGUAUACAUCCACAUUUGCACCCAGCGGCUGUAGCGCCCGUAGCACCAAGUCGGCACACGCGGUCGUGCCCUCACCGGCAAGUGGGCGGCUUCGGAACCGGGUCAUCGCGGCUGCAGCCGGCGCUGAGCCGCCGCAUCAGCAGAACCCCACGGACGGCUCGGCGAGUCGGAAGAAGCCGGCUGCGGUCAUUGGCGUGGACUUCGGCACCUCGGCUUCUGGCUACGCGGCUGCGCUACUGCCGCCGCAGCAGGAGAAACAGGGCUCUGCGACUGUGGCCGCCUCCCGCGGACAGCUGCUGCAGCAGGGGCUGGUGACGUGCGGCCAGUGGCCGGACGACCCCACCAGCAGUGGCGAUGUGAAGACAAAGACCGCGCUGCUAUACAAGGGCAGCAAAGUGGACGCCUGGGGCUGGAGCGCGUGGCGGCGCUGGUCGGACAUGUCCGCGGCGGAGCGGCGUGCCGGCGAGUACUGCUAUCUGGAGGGCUUCAAGCUGCUGCUGCUAGGAGGAGGCAGUAGCAGUGGCAGUGGCAGUAGCAGUAGCAGUGGCAGUGGCAGUAGCAGUGGCAGCGGCAGUAGCGGUGCGGCGGCAAUCUCGGAUGACCCGGCGGUGGCCAGCGGCGUGAGCACACGGCUGCCGCCGGGGCUCACGGCCACUCAGGUGGCGUCCGACUUCCUGUCAGAGCUGCGCCGCUUCGCCAUCAAGCGGCUGUGCAAGACGUCGCCGUCCCUGGACACCGGCUCUGUGGUGUGGUGCGUCACGGUGCCGGCCAUGUGGGACGAGGCAGCCAAGGCGAAGCUGCGCGGCGCUGCCAACCGGGCAGGCAUGGUGACCUCUGCCGACCCCGAGUCCCUGGUCCUGGCGCUCGAGCCGGAGGCGGCCGCCGUCACCGUCGCCGCCUCGGCGCCGCAGCGCCAGCAGCUGUCCACAGUGACGGCGAGGGGUCCGCAGAAGAAGCGGCCACAGGAGCUGGAGGCCGGUGACGUGGUCAUGGUGGUGGACUGCGGCGGCGGCACCGCCGACGUCACGCUGCACGAGGUGGUGGUUGACACGGAGGGCAGGGCUGGCGGUGGGGGCCGGGCGGCGGCGGCGGCGGCCGAGGGAGUGCAUUUGCUGGAGGCUGCAGUGGGCAAAGGUGUGCUGGCCGGUGGGCGAUACGUGGACGCGGCCCUGUGGCGGCUGCUGCGGGGCCGCGUGGGGCCGGACGUGUGGGACGAGUGGCAGCGGCAGCAGCCGCGGGAGUGGACCGACCUUGCCAGCAGUUGGGAGACCACCAAGCGGGCAAUGAAGGGCCUCACAGUGCAGCUACAGCUGCCGCCGGGGCUGGUGCGCAUGUGGCAGCAGCACCAGCCGAUAGAUGGCAGUGGCAGUAGUGCCUCUCCGCCGGAGCGCCAGACGGCCAGGCGUGCGGCGGGCGGCAGCCCAAGCGUCAGCCUGGGUGUUAAGCUAUGCAGCGCAACGGGUGUGGUAGAGCUGAGUGAGGCAGUGCUGGAGGAGCACGUCUUCGGCCCGGCGAUGGCGCAGAUUGUGACGGCGGCGGAGGAGGUCAAGGCGUCGGGGCUGGGUCAAGGCAAGAAGGUUACCAAGGCAAGUGCGGUGCUGCUGGCGGGCGGCUUCGGCAACUCCCGGCUGCUGCAGCGGCGGCUGCUGCGCCUGGCGGGCGAGUGGGGCGUGCCGCUGCUGCUGCCGCGAGACCCCGGCGCCGCCGUGGUCACAGGCGCGGCGCUGCUGGGUGCAGAGCCGGGUCUGGUCCGGGCGCGGCGCUGCCGCUUCACAUACGGCAUCGGCGCGACCACGCCGUGGUCGGAUGAGCAUGAGAUGCACGCGGCCAUUUUCGGUUACCCGCAGAAGAUCAUGAAUCUAGAGGACCAGGCGUACUAUGCAGAUGCUGUGUUUGCCACCUACGUGCGGAGCGGUCAGCUGGUGGCAACAGACUCAACCGUCACAGAGCGCUACUGUCCCAUGCGCAGCACCCAGCAACGCGUCAAGAUUCCUCUCUAUGCAACUCCCGCACCGGCUGUGCGCUACGUAGCCGAUACCGGCGUGCGUCAUGUGGCUGAGGUCAUAAUGGAGCUGCCCAAGGGCUGGCGCAAGACCGUGGAGCGCCGGCUUGACUACCAGUUUGAGGUGGACAUGCGCUUUGGCGCUUCUGAGAUCACGGUGGUGGCCCGGGAUCCUCGCUCCCACAACGCCGUGGCUGUCCGCGUGGACUGGAGGUAGUCAAAUGGGUGUGGCCGGAGUGCGGGGCCGUGCGUGGGUGUCCAGGCGUUGGACCCAGCAUUGCAUGUGCGAGCAUGCACUCAUGUACGAUUGACAUGACUUACUCCAGAUACCGGUAUGGCGAUGAGGACAGGGCCCUGCUAAUGACAGACAUCUGCGUUGCGGGGUGUAGUCCUAGCUGAGGCUAGCAGCCCAGCAAGCGCCAAGCAAGUUGUGAACGGAAGAGACUGCACACAGGUUUUUGAGGUUGCCCACUUGCCCGUAGUUGCAGGCAUCAGAGGCAUGGCGGUGGCACCCCUGGUUGCAACUGGUUGCAGGCUCCGUUGCGGGUGCCUUUCCAUGCUACCGAUAUGUUUGGAUCCACGAGGCCGAUAUGUACGAUAGUAUUGAGAAGUUACUGACCCGUCAGGACGUGCGCGUGAUGUCAGGACAAGCGAGCCACAGUAUCUCGUUCCCUUGUU